AUGCAUCUCAGCCGUCAGGGCACAUCAUGGGCGGGAAGAGCUGCCACCCCCCUCAAGGGAAAGCCCGAGUUGUCCCCUCUCAGAGCGACCGAAGUGGCCCAGCGCAGACCGAAGACACUGAUAUGCCGUCAAAUGAAUAGACGGCAUAUCAGUGUACUCCAGGCGAACUUAAACCACUCUGCGGGGGCUCAGGACCUCCUACUGCAGUCCGCCGCAGAGUGGUCUAUCGACAUAGUUGUGGCUUGCGAGCCAUAUCAUGUCCCCACCCAGGAACGCUGGGUUGGGGACAUGUGUGACUCGGUAGUCGUUGUUUCGGCGGGCGGCGCGGGCCCUCCCCUCUCACCUCUCGAGAGGGGUCCCGGGUUUGUGGUUGCGGGAUGGGGACAGUACACCAUUGUCGGCCUGUACUUUUCCCCUAACCGCACGCUGGCAGAAUUUGAGGAUUUCCUCGACUCAGUCAGCGAAGCCGUCCGCCGGCACAACGGAGGGCGUACCCUGGUUCUUGGAGACUUCAAUGCCAAGAGCCAGGCGUGGGGGAGCCCCACCUCGGACGGCAGAGGCAGGGCUGUGCUGGUGUGGGCUGUGCACCUCGGGCUCUCCCUACUCAACAGGGGGACAGUCAACACCUGCGUCCGCGCGCAGGGUGGUUCCAUCGUGGACCUGUCGUUUGCCUCCCCCUCGGUUGCCGACAGAGUCGCCAACUGGAGGGUAGAGGACGGGGUGGAGACUCUAUCGGACCACAACUAUGUCCGAUUUGAGGUCUCCACAUCCCCGGUGGUCGCGAUGGCACCUCCCCAGGGUCCAAAUCGCCUUCCACGUUGGUGUCUCACCCAAAUGGACCGGGAGCUGGUCAAAGAGGCCUCCAUUAUUGGACGGUGGGCCUCCUACAGAGAGGAGAGGGACACCAGUGUGGGAGAACGGGCGGAGUAA